AUGAAUUCUUCGAUUCCUUCUGCUGUCGAGCCUGUUAUUCCUUCCACUGCUGUCAAGACAACUUUGAAUUCAACCACUUCAUUAGAACCUUUUAUUGCCCAGACAGCUGUCACUCUGCCUCAGACUGUACCACUCUUGACAGAUGUUCCUCUACAUUCUGCGUUAAAACCAUCCACCACGGAUCCUAGUCUGUCUUUGUAUGGCAUUCGUUCAUUUCCUUCUCUCGCCCAAUCCGCUCAAUUGGAAGACAUGGCCAUUCAUAAUGCUGCUGUUGCAAUGGUCGGUUUGGAAUCAGAGUCUUCAUCCACUACUUCAUUCAUGAUCACUCCCGUUUCCACGACUGUUGCUAGUCCUAACCUCCAUUCUCACGCUUUAUCUGAAUCUAACACCACUGGCGCUACGUCAAACUUGGCUACUCACAUGCUUAACAAGUCACAAUCUGGACUUGCAGACUCUACUCUCGAGCAUGAUGAGAUUUUAGAUUCUCACCAACAAAAAGAUGUCGAUUCUGCCGUUCCUAUCACUGCCGAAUACAUCAAAAAUCAUAUUUUUAAUCAUGGCAGUAAAACCCCUUCGAAUCUCUCAAAACAUGCUAAUGAUACCAGUCUGGACGAACCAAAGGAAAAAGAAUCUCAACUUUCACUCUCUCUGAGUUCAGAACACCCUAAAGUGUUGACAAUCGAUGCUAACAUUGAGACUAUUAUAGAACAAGGCGAACCUGUUGUCAUUGAAACCGCUUCUGCUAUUACUGCAGAUUCGGCAAAAACGCCAUUGAAUGAAAAUAAUGCAAUCGCUGUUACUGUGAGCACUGACACCGCUGGCGCUCCUGCCUACGCGUCCAUUAUCGAUGAUUUGGAUCAGAGUCAUGCUGACAAGCAACCAUCUAAUGAUGAGUUGAAUCAACCUCAAACCCUUUCUAACCCUGACACGGCCGAUACCAAGCAACUCUCACAACAGCAUUUAUCUGAAAACAAAGACCAUGAAGAUUCUGGACAGGUGCUGCGUCGCUCCUACAACCAAUUUUCGGGUGCUUCCGAUCCACUACAACUUGCUAGUAUGCAUUUUGCUCUCUCACAAAAAUUCUAUUACUGUGGAUUUUUGUACAAGAAAAACGAGCUGGGUGCGGACGGUCGACCCAUUCUUUCUACCGAUGCAAAUGGUCAACCCACUCGUGGUGGAGAAUGGUCAAAAUGUUGGAUGGAGUUAUGGGGUCCCAUUUUGCAACUCUGGCAUGUUCCUGACGAUCUGGCCGAGUAUGCCUAUUCGCAAGGUCUUGGCAUGAAAAAGUUUAUUGCACAUGAAAUGGAUCCUGCUCAAGAGUUUCUUUCCGCCAUAAAAUCUACUCACACCAGUCCAACUUACAUUAAUGUUACAGAUGCUAUCACUGAAUUGUUUCCAAACGAUUUUCGGCUUCCUGAUCAAACCCUUGUACGACCUCCCCCAACUCCAUACACAUCACUUUUUGCUCUAUCAAAUGCUGGGUCUAAUCUAAUUCUUUUUUCGUGUAUUUCUGGAAUUCAUUGUAAUGAAUGGAUUGCAGCUAUACGUUUGGUUGCUUUUGAGCUUCACAAAUUAAACCAGCUAUUUACAUAUAGACUCUUGAAGCGUCCUCAACAUGUUUUGGCAUGGGAAGCAGCAGGAAUCGCACCCUUUGAGUCCCAGUCAUUCCGUGGUGAAGUAAAAUACGAAGGGCCAUUGCAAAUCAGAACAACUUAUGCUACUAGAUGGAAGGCUUAUCAUGUCGUGGUCACAUCCCGUGUAAAUUUCGACUCGGCUCCAAAUGUAUCCACCUCUGCAUUGCUUACAAAAAAAUUGUUUGGGAAGCGCAGUACAACAAAUUUAGACUUUUCGAAACGUGGCAACGUUUUGUUUUUUGAAAGCAAGGCAGAUGCCAAAAAAGGACGUAGACCGGCUUUUAUAUUGGACUCUUUACAAAUGGUACAAGCUCUUUGGCCUGAGAAACCCGAGCUGAUUGAAAUGGGGUUGGUUUGUAUUGCCAAAUUGGUGGGUACCAUUCACGCUCCGAUUGGAAACGUAUCCCGCAAUAUUUCAAACACAUCAAUGGAAACAGAAGAGCAACAGAAGAAUAUGGGAGGUGCAGGGUUUGGCACGGCUUCCACUUUUGGAGGUGCACCCAUUCUCUCUCCGCAAACCUUUACUAAUUAUACACACGGAUUUCCUGCUGUAACUAGUAUCCAUGCUUUGCAUGAUAUAAUUGAUGGGUUAGAUCCGCGGCCUCUACCACAUCAUGUACUUAUUCUUGCACAAAGCACAGACGAACUUGCUAAAUGGAUCACGUCUAUUUAUGCUGCGUUUAGUGUUGAUACGGAUCAUAUUGAAGCGGAUGCAGAGAUUCAAGAGAUGGCACGCACUGCAUCCAUUUCAACUCCCACAGGUGGCCAGGGAAACUCUGCCUCCGUAUCCCUAACUACUACUUCAGCAACAUCAGAUGAUCCCCAAUCUUUUAUCCAAUCAGCAGCUUCUACGGCAGACAUUCAUCAGAUUCAGUGGCCAACCUCACUUUUUCUUUCCACCUCUGAAAUUGCGGGUAUAUUGAUGUGUAGUCCUGUUCCUUUCAAUACCCAUAUGCAAUUUAGUCAUUAUUUUUCCCAAAAACUGUCUUGCUCACGCAACAAUCGGCUGAGAUCCUGGUGUGAAUCUGUUGCCAAGGGAGAAUGGGAGCGUAGUCUUGCUGCUCGCCAUAUUGUUGAAGCCAAACUAAAAAUACUAUUCAAAUGGGUAGAUAAAACUCUGGAAGUACUAAAACAUCGUGGAAUUGUUUUACCUGAUAGGGAAACUCUUGACGAUGGGCAUGCAUCCAUUGGGCCCAAGAGCAUUGACAAAAAUGAUGAGGCUGUUUCUGAACAAUCCAAAGUUGAUCCAAAGCAGAAAUCGGUAUCCAAUACAAAAAAGGAUAUUGUCGAGGGGAUCGAUGGUAUCAAGCUUACUGAUGACAGCGCUACCAAAACCAGUCAUGAAGAUCAUUCCAUAGAUGACGAAAGCGAAGAAUCUGCAAAAGAAAGUCUGAGUACCAGUGAUGGAAAUGGAAGUGUCAGUGAGGAAGAAACUUCAGAUGAAGGCAGUCAAAGCGAAACUGAGGAAGAACAACCCAUCAUACCGAUCUCGCUGGUAAAUCCUGCGUUACAGCCAGAAUUUUAUGCUCGUGCUCCAGAUGCCUAUGAUAACUUGGAUGAAUCAGACCAAGAACCCGAUUUUCAGAUUUAUGGACAAAACUCGUUGCUGGCUCAACGACAUUUCAAUGAAUUGGCUAAAGGCGAUCGUCAUGGUGAUGGCAUGCCGGGCGAAUAUCACAGUGGCUCCAAGGGGGAUGGAAAACGAAUUGAACUUCUUGGUGUCGUAUCCCAAUCUGCUCAAGCCCAUGUGUUUCAAUCCAAUUCACUUCUCAGUCGUACAGAUAUGCCACACACAGGCGGGUUAAAUAGCGACGGUACACCUCAACAGGGAUAUGUUCGCUCGACUGGUAUCGACGGACCGCUUCUUGGCAACGUCCAAGGCGAAGCCAAUCAACACAAGCCUAAACUGGAGGGUGGUUUGUUGGGAGAAAUGAACCGAAGAGAAAAAGAACGCGAAUAUUUGAAACGAUUGGGAUAUUAUAAAGCUACUGGACCUACUGGUGGAGUGAUUCCUCCUUCAUUCUAUCAGUCGCCUAUGAAUAUGAUGGGUGGAAUGCCUGGAAUGGGAUAUUCUGGGAUGGGAAUGCAAGGAAUGGGAUAUCCCGGAAUGGGUAUGCAGGGUAUGGGAUAUCCCGGAAUGGGUAUGCAGGGUAUGGGAUAUCCCGGAAUGGGUAUGCAGGGUAUGGGAUAUCCCGGAAUGGGGAUGCAGGGUAUGGGUAUGCCCGGAAUGGGAUAUCCCGGAAUGAUGUAUGGCAUGCAUAACCCAAUGAUGGGAUUUAUUCCUCCCGAUCCUACUGAUGAUAGCCCCGAAGAUCCCGUCAUUACCCAACACAGAGAGAUGGUCCGUCAGCAAUGGCUUGAAUUGGAACGAUCAAAGGAACGGCAAAGAAAUGUAGAAAGAAGUACCGAAACCAUGCAAGGAGCAAUGGGCAUAAUCCCAGGCAUGGGUAUGAAUAUGGGAAUGCAACCUUCAAUGCAUUUUCCCAACUCUUUCAAUACACAGAAUCAGGCUGGUUUUAACGAACAGGGAUAUGGCAUACAGCCAUCAUCGUAUAAGCCAUUUGUACAGCCCAGUAGCGACUUGGAAAGCUCAGACGAGAAUGUCUUUGAUGCUAACCGACAUAAGCGCGAUGGUCACCACGCCUCAUCACAAUCUUCUUCUGAUCAAAGUCACGACGAUCAAAAAAUAGCUAAAAAGAAUAGUUCAGAUACAUCAGAUACUGAAAUGUCCAGUAAACCGAGCCAGAGUGGCACUGAAGACGAAGAUGGGUCUCAAAGUGAUCAUCAACGACUUGCUAGCGGAACAGAAUCGGAUGAAGAUCCCAGUGACGAAUCUGAUGAAGAUGUACCAUUACAUGUACUUGCUGCAAACAAAAAGAUUCGUACGCGACCCGCACCUGCACUCAGACCAACUGUUCUUCGUGGUGCAUCAAGUAGUGAAUCCGAUGCAUCGCAAGUAGAAUCAGAUGAUGAUAUUCCACUGAUGGAUGUAGCUGCACUUGGGAAGCUAGGAAACUCUAAACGGCCUUCUGAUGCUAGCAAUAGGGAACUUAACACCCAUUCGGAAAAGGGAACCAUUUCGUCUCAGUCGAUGAAGUUGGAAGAUGAUAAAGAGUCCGAUUCAAGCGAUGAGCCUCUUGGUGCACGUAUCUUACCAGCACAGUCCCAUCAACAACCUCUUCAUUCAACCAUUUCGUCUGCUUCUUUGGGAUCUCAUUUUCAUACCGGAUUAUAUGGUACAUCGGGUGGUUUUGAUAGUACGAUGGGAGCUGGUCGAAUGAUGCAGUAUCCUCAAGGUAUUCAGUUUCCACCAGAUAUGCCCAUCACACCACAAAUGCAACAGCAAAUGAUGCAACUUCAUCAACUCCAAAUGCAGCAAAUGCAGCUCAUGCAGCAGAUGCAAAUUCCAAUGAACAUGGGCAAUGAAGGUGCUGGACAGCCUAAAUGGAUGUCACAGGGUAUGCCUAUGCAUCCGACGCAGCAGAUGCAACAGAUGCAAUACCAGAUGCACAUGCAGGGUAUGCAGCAACCGCGGUUUAUGGGUGCGCCAAAUCCCAGACAAAAUCCACUACCAUCACAUAUGCCCAUCUAUUCCCAACAACAGGAUCCACAUCCACUCCAGCAGCACAAUGCAGUGUCUUCCAAUAUCACCUCGCUGCCACAACCCGUCAUACCUCCACAUAAACAACACCGUACGAAACAGAGACAGUCACUAUUGAGUCGCGAACCACAUGUGGAUACUAUACCAACAUCUACCAAACCUGUGAAUCCACACCCUGCACCUAAAUCUACAAAUACGACUCGUGCUCAAAGUGCCAGUAAAAGCGAUCAAGGCAGCAUGAGUGAUGAUUCCGGAUAA